AAUUUCUUCUAGGCCACGUUUUCCCUUUCUUCACCAACUUGGGAUGCUCUAAAACUCUUGAAAAUGGGACUCUAAAGCGCCACCUAGCGCGUUGUCUGUUGUGGUUGACACAUACAUGCAUGGAAAUGAACCAAAUUUGAGAGACUCUCCCACUGCUGCUAGGAUGAGUGUCUCUCAGGAGAGAGAGGAGGCUGCAGGUCCCAGUAAAACACCCAGACCAGAGUCUGCAGCACACAGCUGUGUGCAACAAAGCAGCAAAGCAACACACUCUGAUGGAGGCCCACAGACAAACAGACCUCCAUCUCCAGUGCCCAGCUGUGUGUCCAUGAAGAGUGAUGGGUCCAUUGGUCAUAUGCCCAACUUCAGCAGAGAACCAAACACACAGACACACAGACCUCCAUCUCCAGUGCCCAGCUGUGUGUCCAUGAAGAGUGAUGCAUCCAUGGGUUUUAUGCCCAACUUCAGCAGAGAACCAGUUCCAUCAGGUCUAGACCCACAGAUACACAGACCUCCAUCUCCAGUGCCCAGCUGUGUGUCCAUGAAGAGUGAUGGGUCCAUUGGUCAUAUGCCCAACUUCAGCGGUGAACCAAAGUUAAGGGCUGAACUGACCCAGGAUCUAGGACCCAGGAGACACCUGCACACUGGACAUACACCAGGCAGAAAGAGGGAACUAGAUGAGGACCUGAGGAGAGUUAUAAAGAAUCACAAAGCCAGUCUGAAGAGGAGGUUUGAGAACAUAUCUGAAGGCAUCAUCAAACCAGGAGCUGAGAUACUCCUCAAUAAGAUCUACACAGAGCUCUACAUCACAGGAGGAGAGAGUGAAGGGGUUAAUAAGGAACAUGAGGUUUGGCAGGUAGAGUCAGCUUCCAGAUCUCAAUCCACAGAAGACGUACCAAUCAACUGCAACGACAUCUUCAAGCCCUUACUUGGACAGGAGAAGCACAUCAGAACUGUCAUGACCAAAGGUGUUGCUGGUAUUGGAAAAACUGUCUCAGUGCAAAAGUUCAUUCUUGAUUGGACAGAUGGGGUAGCCAAUCAUGAUGUAGAUUUUAUGUUUCCCCUUUCUUUCCGUGAGCUUAAUUUAGUCAGGAGUAAUCAGUAUAGUCUUCACAGCCUCCUGCUUGACUUCCACCCUGAGCUGAAGGAGCUGAAUGAUGGUGAAGGAUAUAAAGACUGUCAUGUUGUGUUCAUCUUUGAUGGUUUGGAUGAGAGUCGGUUGACUCUGGACCUGGAGCAGAAAAGUGAGUUGUCUGAUGUGAAACAAAUAUCAUCAGUUGAUGUUAUGAUGACGAGCCUCAUUCAGGGAACUCUGCUUCCCUCUGCACUCAUCUGGAUAACCUCAAGACCAGCUGCAGCCAGUCAGAUUCCUGAUCAGUUCAUCGACCAGGUAACAGAAGUACGAGGAUUCAAUGACCCACAGAAGGAAGAAUACUUCAGGAAGAGAAUCAGAGAUCAGAGUCAGGCCAACAAAAUCAUCUCACACAUUCAGACAUCCAGGAGUCUCCAUAUUAUGUGCCACAUUCCAGUCUUUUGUUGGAUUGCAGCUACUGUACUUCAGCAGAUGCUGGAAAAGAAAAAUAUCAAAGACAUUCCCAAAACGCUGACUGAGAUGUUCAUACACUUCUUGCUCAUCCAAACCACAAGAAAGGAUCAGAAGUAUCAGAGUGGAUCUGAAAAAGAUACAAAGAAACUUUUGGAAUCUCAGAGGAACAUUUUACUGAAGCUGGCAGAACUGGCUUUCAAGAAUCUAGAGAAUGGCAACCUCAUGUUUUAUGAGGAAGACCUGAGAGAGUGUGGUAUUGAUGUCAGUGAAGCCUCAGUGUACUCUGGCAUGUGCACUGAGAUCUUCAAGACAGAAAAUGUGGAAUCUCAAAACAAGAAGGUCUACUGCUUUGUGCAUCUGAGUGUCCAGGAGUUUCUGGCAGCUGUGUUUGUGUUUCACUCAUUUUUAGCUAAGAACUUUGAGGCAUUGAAAUGCUUCCUCAGUGAAAAGGACAGAGAUGAACUCAAUCCAUCAUUUUUAUCUUCUCUUCAAUCAGCACUAGGAUUAAAAGAAAACUUACAUGUUUUACUAAAGAGGGCAGUUGAUAAGGCUUUGGAGAGCCAGAACGGACACCUGGAUCUCUUCCUUCGCUUCCUUAUGGGCAUUUCUGUGGAGAGAAAUCACAGACUUCUGCGAGGUCUACUGAACCACACACUUAACAGUUCUCAUAGUAUUGAGUCAAUAUGUGAGUACAUGAAGGAGCUCAACAGAGAAGGUCUCUCUCCUGAACGAUGCAUCAAUCUUUUCCACUGCUUAUUUGAAAUGAAUGAUGAUGCCAUGCACAGAGAAAUUCAGACAUACUUGUCAUCACCAAAGAACAUCACCCAGGAGCUUUCUCCUGCCCACUGUUCAGCACUGGCCCACAUGCUUCUGAUGUCUGAGGAUGUGCUGGAUGAGAUUGAGCUGAAGAAAUACAACACAUCAGAUGAGGGACGCAGGAGACUGCUCCCAGCUGUGAGGUGCUGCAGAAAGGCACGACUUGCUGGAUGCAAACUCUCAGAGAAGUCCUGUGGAAUUGUGGCUGCUGUUCUACAGUCACCAAACUCCCUGAUAGAGCUGGACCUGAGUCACAAUGACCUGGGAGAUUCUGGAGUCCAUCUUCUCUCUAAGGGACUGUCUAGUCCCCACUGCAAACUGCAGACCUUAAGAUUUGCUGACUGUAAACUCACUGAUAAGUCCUGUGAGAUUGUUACUUCAGUUCUACAAUCACCAAACUCACUGCUACAGCUGGACUUGAAUCACAAUGAUCUGGGGGAUUCUGGAGUUCAGCUUCUCUCUAAAGGACUGUCCAGUUUGAACUGCAAAAUACACACAUUAAGGCUCUCUGAUUGUCUCAUCACAGAGAAGGGUUGUGGUUUUCUGGCUUCAGCUCUGACUUCAAACCCCUCCCAUCUAAAAGAGCUGGAUCUGAGCUACAAUCAUCAUGGAGAAUCAGGACUGAAGCUGUUAUCUUCUAGACUGGAGGAUCCUGCCUGUAAACUGGAGAUACUUAAAACUGACCCUGCUUUACAACAUGCUUUAGACAGAGCACGACCACGUUUGCUGAGAUUUUCCUGUGAGUUCACACUGGACCCAAACACGGCACACAGAGAACUCCUUCUGUCUGAGGGGAACAGGAAGGUGACGUGGGUGAGAGAGGAGCAGCCGUAUCCUAAACACCCAGACAGAUUUACUGAUGACUAUCCCCAGGUGCUGAGCAGAGAGCCUCUGACUGGACGCUGCUACUGGGAGUGGGAGUGGAGUGGGACCUACAGUGUUGAAGUGGGAGUGGCCUAUAAAAGCAUCAGGAGGAGUGAAGACAUCAGAUGCUCUCCCAAGGCCUGGUGUCUGGAGUGUCAAAGUGACAAAUACACAGCCUGGCACAAUGGAAAUGCUACUGUCCUACCCGUCCCCCCCGCAGGCUCCAGGAGAGUAGGAGUGUAUGUGGAGCGUGAGGUCGGCACUCUGUCCUUCUACAGGGUCUCCUCUGAUACUCUCACACACCUGCACACCUUCACCACCACAUUCACUAGUAAGCCCCUACAUGCAGCGAUUUGUGUUUGGGCUGGCGCCUCAGUGUCUCUGAUCACAUGACCUAGACACACACACACACACACACACACACCCACACCCACACACAUAUAUAUAAACCUAUACUCACACACACACACAAGCACAUACACAUCUCUACCACCAUGUUAACUGAUGCCUCCCGUGGCCACACACACACACACACACACACACACACACACACACACACACACACACACACACACACACACACACACACACACACACACACACACACACACACACACACACACACACCUCCCUUGGACACACACACACACACACACACACACACACCUUCCGUGGCCACACACACACACCU